UGCCGUGAAGUUGCCGUGUGUUGAGUGCACCUCCUACUAAUGCAAUUUCCGUCUAGAAGUGCUAUCUUCUCGCGCGACGGCAUAUUACAGUAGGUGCAUGCUGGGCCAAACACACCUGCUCGCGCACUUCGCCACAUAUGAUCUAUGCCUUUGAGUGAGGGCUCUCGUUGACCGUUGGGGAUAGUAUUCGAUCACGCAGUGCGCAACCAUAAUAUAAUUUUCUUGCCAGAAGUGGAUAAGUGUUGCUACUGCCCUUCUGAAAACGGACUACUAACGGAUAAGUUGUUGGGUCGAUUUAUUGCGAACAGAAAACAUCCGUCUCUAAUAACAAUUCUCCCACCUGACUGUUCAUCUAUUACAUGUAAGCCGUGAGCGGUAACGGCAGGUUCAUGCUUGUUACGGAGGCAGAGUAUCGGCGUGGCACGCCGUAAUGGUUCGCGUUGACGGCCGACUACAGCAUGGGAGCGUCAUCAACGUGGCGGAGGGGGGUCUGAUUAUUGACUUCGACUGUCCCGGACAACGUUUGCAGUUCGUCGUGUACGAGCACAUUUUUCAGGAGAUGUACGAGCACGUUUUCCAGCGGAGCGAUGGCAGGUUUACCGCACUCUAUGAGGCUGGAGCGCCGGUGUUCGUUUUGCUACGUCGGCAGCUCGAUAAGGCAUGGACAUGGUAUGUGGGCACGACCGUCUCCCUGCUGGGUAACGGCAACUUUCCGGAAGCGGCACUCGUGGAAGUGCAGCGCCCACACAUAACGGUCAGGGAGCUGGUUCCAGGGCAGCAAAUAUCCCGACCCUACACGGAGAAGAAUGUUCACUUCGUGCGAGUGAAAGCAGGUGAUUUUAUGAUCCGAUGUUGUCCGGUGUCGGCCGCCCACUGGACCAUCGGGAAGACGUUCCAGCGCGUGCUGUGCCAGGAGUACUCUUCGCUGUGUACAUCCGUGCUCCCGCAAACGUUUUUUUACUUGCAACCUAACCACGGGAUUCCCUUAACAGCGGAGCACAUACACUCAGCAUACGACACGGCGACGAGCAGGAUGAAAAGAGGCUGGGCUCCACCGACGUAUUCCUGGACAGGCUGCCGCGAACCGCUUAGUCCGCUCAACAACAAGCCGACCUUUGACGUCACGCAUUCCAGCAGCCUACCGUUGCCAGCGGAGCUGUUGCUGGGGAUCUUCCAAUCGCUGGACUCCAUCGAGCGCACCCGCAGUCGGCGUGUUCAUCCCGUAUGAAACAGUCUCCUCACCACGGAAGCCAAUUUCCCCGACUUGCGCCUGACCGGUCGCGAUGGAUUCUAUGACGGUGACAUCACUGACAGGUACUGCUCCGUCAAAGGUUCGUUCUGGGUGGUUUGCGGAUGGCUGAAAUGUCGCAGCCGUUACACCAAAGUGGUGGUUAUCACAAGUCUGAGUAUGGCCGGAUGUCGACAAUUAGCCGCAAUGAGUACUGAGAGCGAGAAUAUUUACCGCGUAUCGCUGCUGGUGCUUCGCGACUGCGAUUUUCGUCUGUGGCAUCAACGUGUCAAUGGUAUCAUAAGCCGGCUGGCUAGCCUACCCGACGAGUUUGCGCCGUGCGACCGAAUUGUGUUGCAACAGUGCCGCAUCGAGGAUGACGGUCUAAAGGCUCUGGUACCGCAGCUUCACUGCUGGCAGUUCCCAUCAAGGCGAGGUUUGGAGAUGCAGCUGUGGGAUCUUGUUGAAAACAGUAUGACUCUCAGGGACCCGGAUAAGCGGCCUUCCGUUUUGAAAUGGAUUGGCGACUUCAAGGCGGCGUUACUAUAGUCUCGAGAUGAUGAUGAUUAAGGCGAGUCGUUAAACUGGAUUUCACUGUGCAGAUAGGGCAAGAAGUCUAUGAAACCAAUGACUUUCGUAAGCCCGAUGUGGAUGCCCGGAAUAUUUCUCAGAUUCCUUAGAUUAUCAUCCUGAAUUGUUGUGUUUCUUAAUUUUCUUAGUCGUCGCCCUUGUGACGUUCGACGAAUGUUAGUCGGCAUAAUGUUAGCGUAAAACAGCAACUUCAA